GCGGCUCCAUGCGGGGCAAACUGGCCGCCUACUUCCUAGCCCGCAUCGACUCCGACUCCCCCCAAGUGCAGCAGCUGGCAUGUGAAUGUUACGCGCUGGUGCCGGCGCUGGGCCGCGGCUUCGCGCAGGGGCUGCGGCACACGGAGGGCUGGCACCAGGAGCUGCAGGGGCUCCUGGCCACGCUGCAUGCGCUGCUCGGGGAGCUCUUCGAGGGCUGCGAGAGCGAGCCGCUGCCCUAUGAGGGGCCGGGGGUGGAGCUUCUGCUCCCGCCCCCCCCCGACGGGGACCCCGGCAUCAGCCUCACCCUGCACAAGCGCUGCUCCGGGCUGGCGCGGGUCCUGCAGCUGCUGCUCAGCAAGGAGUUCGUUGCCCCGGUGACGGUGCCGGUCCAGGACAUCCUGGACCUCGUGUGCCGGGCCCUGAACAUCACCCCCAAAACCAUCAGUGCUGCUGGGGAUGGAGCCUUAAGGAUGCUGCUGCUGCCCGCGGUGCACUUGGAUGCGCUGGAUGUGCUGGAGGCGCUCGUGCUGGCAUGUGGUGCGCGCCUGGUGCGCUGGGGCAGCGUCUUGGCCCGCCUCUUCCCUCAGGUGCUGAGCGCGUGGAGCGGGGCCCGAGAGGCGUUGCCGGGCCAGGAGAAACCAUUCGGAGAGGUACGCGCCCGCCUGUACCGGGUGCUGGAGCUGUGGGUGCAGGUGGCCGGGGCCUCCUCCGGGCUCCUGCAGCACCCGGGGGCGCCGACGGAGGCGCUGCUGAGCCACCUGAUGGGAGACAUCGCCCCCCCCUGCGACAGCCUGCGGGUGAGACCCCCAAAAAACACCACAAAACACACGAAAAUCAGCCCAAAACACAAAAAAAUCGGGAAAAACAGCCCAAAAUUACCCCGGAAAACCCCAAAACACGAAAUAAUCACACCAAAACAACCAAAAAUUGUUUAA